CGAGGUGCGCGCCGCGGAGUGGAAGGUUCGAACCGCGGGCGAGCGCUGGCGGCCGCGGAGGGCCGGGAUUCGAGGCGACUGCGGGUUCCGGGUACCUCAGACGAAGUAUAAUGUCUCAGGAGGGCAAUUAUGGGAGGUGGACAAUAUCCAGUAGUGAUGAAAGCGAGGAUGAAAAGCCAAAACUGGACGAGCCGUCCACCUCUUCUCUCCCCCACGCCGGGCAAGCAGCAGCACAUGAGCCCUGGUACACCUGUUCUGAUGCUCGGAAAGCCGCCCACAGGAGGAAACUGUCACCUGUGAAAUUCAGCAACACAGAUUCGGUUCCAGAAAUUUCACCUCCCAAAAGGCAGAAAAGUGGCUCCCAGGAAGACCUAGGUUGGUGUCUCUCCAGCAGUGACGAGGAGCAGCAGAAGCAGGCUGAGAAGGUGGAGGUCAAAGAGGAGAAAGUCAUUUUGCCCAAAGACUGUGCUGUACAAAAAACUGAGAAUCCCGUCAGCCACAGGCUCAAGGAGGAGGUAGACGAGUACGAAACAUCAGGGGAAGGCCAGGACAUUUGGGACAUGCUGGACAAAGGGAACCCCUUCCAAUUCUAUCUCACUCGGGUCUCAGGGAUCAAGCCAAAGUACAACUCUGGAGCCCUCCACAUCAAGGAUAUUUUAUCUCCGCUGUUUGGGACACUUGUUUCUUCAGCUCAGUUUAACUACUGCUUUGAUGUGGACUGGCUCAUAAAACAGUAUCCGCGAGAGUUCAGGAAUAGACCAAUUCUGCUUGUACAUGGCGAUAAAUGGGAAGCUAAAGCUCAGUUGCAAGCCCAGGCAAAGCCUUAUGAGAACGUUUCCCUCUGCCAGGCAAAGCUGGAUAUUGCAUUUGGAACACACCACACGAAAAUGAUGUUACUGCUGUACAAAGAAGGCCUCCGGGUUGUCAUCCACACCUCCAACCUCAUCCAUGAAGACUGGCACCAGAAAACUCAAGGAAUUUGGUUGAGCCCCUUGUACCCACGAAUUCCCCCUGGUACCCACAGCUCUGGAGAAUCAACUACACAUUUUAAAGCUGACCUUAUCAGUUACUUGAUGGCUUAUAAUGUUCCUUCUCUCAAGGAGUGGAUAGACAUCAUCCAUGAACACGAUCUUUCUGAAACAAAUGUUUACCUUAUUGGAUCAACCCCAGGGCGCUUUCAAGGAAAUCAGAAAGAUAAUUGGGGACAUUUUAGGCUCAGGAAGCUUCUGAAGGAAUAUGCCUCAUCCAUACCGAAAGCUGACUCCUGGCCUGUUGUAGGUCAGUUUUCAAGCAUUGGCUCCAUGGGGGCUGAUGACUCAAAAUGGUUAUGCUCUGAGUUUAAAGAGAGCCUCACAACACUGGGAAAGGAUGGCAAGACCCUGGGGAAAAGUGCCAUUCCUCUACACCUGAUUUAUCCUUCUGUGGAAAAUGUGCGGACAAGCUUAGAAGGAUAUCCUGCUGGAGGCUCACUUCCCUAUAGCAUCCAGACAGCUGAAAAACAGAACUGGCUCCAUUCCUACUUUCACAAAUGGUCAGCUGAGACAUCUGGCCGCAGCAAUGCCAUGCCACAUAUUAAGACCUAUAUGAGGCCCUCUCCAGACUUCAGCAAAAUUGCUUGGUUCCUUGUCACAAGCGCUAAUCUGUCCAAGGCCGCCUGGGGAGCUUUAGAGAAAAACGGUGCCCAGCUGAUGAUCCGCUCUUAUGAGCUCGGAGUCCUUUUCCUCCCUUCAACAUUUGGCCUGGACAGCUUCAACGUGAAACAGAAAUUCUUCAAAGGCAGCCAGGAGCCAGUGGCCUCCUUCCCUGUACCAUAUGAUUUGCCUCCAGAACUGUAUGGAAGUAAAGAUCGGCCAUGGAUUUGGAAUAUUCCUUAUAUCAAAGCACCAGAUACACAUGGGAACAUGUGGGUUCCCUCCUGAAACUCCUAAUGCACUGUGAAAUUUAAGUGUAAGAUGUUGAGCCUGAAACACUGGCUCUUCUUGUUGUUUAUACUGGAUGUUCACUUCCCUUACUUCUCUGUGCCCCUAAGAAACUUUUUGCAAAGGCCACUCUUAUGAAUGUGGAAUAUUGUUUAGACUUUUAAUGGCCAUUGUUAACAUUCUCACUAAAAAAAAAAAUAGUAUUUUCUUAAUUCACUUUUAUAUACUUUGGCAUGAAACCUAUUAAACUUCACAAUGUUAAAAAAAAAUACGGAUACAAGUUGUCCUUUUGGUGAUACAAAAUCUC